UAAAUGGUCGAUAACCUGCUUCGAUUAUUCGUCGAUUCGGUGAUCGUUGUGAAAAUCGACGAAAUUCGAGAAAACACGAUUUCGUUGAUUUAAGAUCUUAAAUGAAAGAGAAAUGUAAUAAUAUUUAUUAAUAAUAUUUAAUAAUAAGAAAAAUACUUGAUGUGUAGUUGGAUAUUUAGGGGCUCACAAAACAUUUAGAAACAUUUUGAGAAUAUAUUAUGUCUGUUAUACGAAACACUUAAAAAUGUUGUUAGCACUGUAACGAGACUGUCAUAAUCGUAUUGGUAAAGUUUGAAACGAAUGUGGAAAUGUAGAUGGAUGCUACAAGAUGCUUAAAACAAGUAUAUGUCUAUAUGACAUCAUAAUACUAUUUGAACAGUCAAUUAUGAAUUGUAUUAAUAAGUCUUAAGAUACUUAAUGCACGUUCAAGCUGUAUAUUGUACGUGCUGUAUACUGAUUUUUUACUUGACAUAUUUUGACAGUACAUAUCUCGUAAUUUCUAUAUACAUUUUCAAAUGGAUUCCAAGUUUGACCAAUGUAAUAACGAUAAUCGUGUCUAAUUACAGUGUUAAUGAAAUUUCAAAAUGUUUUAUAUAAUACGUACAAUAUUGGUACAAAAGUUCCCUAUGAUAAGAGUUUAAAUAUUUUCGUCAGCCGCUCUAAUUUAUAUAUAAUGAUAAGCGAAGAUUGAAUUUUAAAAGAAAAACGGCUUCUAAAAUCGGAACAAUCGGCGAAUGUUUCGUUUUUUUCUUUUUUUUUUUACAUUCAAGAAGUCUACAGAACUAUUUUCCUCUCAAUCGGUGCCAAGAACUUCGGCAGCCAAAACGUUUUACAGCGAGUGCCAGUAUUGCUCAACCGAUUCUCAACAAGAUAACAGAUAGCAACGUGAAUUAAAACAAUUCGUUCGUGUGUUUUCGCUGCCACAAAAUGUACGCAAUCAAAUCAUCUCUUUUCUCUUCGCGACAUAAUGCUUGUAAACCGUAUAUACGCCUACGUUAAACGCGUAAAUAUCUCGUAACAUUCUAAUAAGCUUUCUCGUCUGAUAAGUUGUAAGUAAAUGCAUUCGAUGGAUCUGAUAAUUAUUCCAGUGAUGUACCAACCGUUUCGUAUUGCCCCGUAGCCGACAAAUAAUGACAUUAUUGUCGUUGUACAAUGUAGAAUAUGCUGUCACCUGUUUCUUUUACAAAAAUAUUUUCAACAUUGUGUCGUUUUAUUACAACCUUUGUUGUAAUAAUAAUUUUUUAAUCGAAGAGCUCGAUGGAAAAGUGUAUUUUUGCAUUCACAACUCUUUUAAUACAUUUGUCAAUGUAAUUUAUUUUGCAGUAUAGAUUUUCAGAUAAAUUCCUAAUUUCUCAAUUGUAAAUCUUAAUUUUAUGAACACUCAAAAACCAUUUACUUGCAGACACAUAUCGUUUAAAAACAAAUAUGCAGAUAGAAGUAACAUCGGUGGAGAUCGGUAAUUAAGUACUGAUGUGUUCCCUUUCAUAUAAAAAUUCUAGAUAAGUGUUGAACGAGUUGCAAAUAAAUUUUAAGUUCUACUAAAUCCAAAAAUCUGUACAGUUAAUAUUCAACUUCGAUAAAAUAGAACUCUAUAACAAAAAAAAAAAAACUAAAAUUAAGAAAUCUGUUAUGAAGAAGUCUGAAAACGUUUUUGAUAAAGGAACAGGAAAUAAUGCUAAAUAAUACAAAAUUGUCGAAAGAAUUAUAAACUUAUAGCAUAACAAUAUACUAUUUAGAAUACGAAGACACUUACACAUGUAAGUAAAUCAGCUGAGAUUAUCAUUAUCACAAAAUGGACAUCGGUAUCGACAUACAUAAUGUCGCUAUACCUAUACCUGUUUAGAAACUUGCUUAUCUCGAUACGUGGCGGAGGAAACAGCUGUCAAUUGUCAGUCGCUGGUAUACGAUCGUACGGAGACCUUCGAUCCAAGAAACGUUGAAAAAUUUGUCCGAAAUUGUAUUGGUAAUUAACCAAUUGCGAAAUUGGUGAGCGUAAAUCAACAAGCGGAUAGUGUGAUCCAUUUAAACUUACGCGAUCGAAUUGUUGUUAUUUGAAGUAAUAUAGUAUGCUUAUCAGAAUAAAAAUACGAUGAAAAUACUUGCAAUGUGACAGUGUCAUCAAAAAAGUACUACAUAUUGACAAAAGUUUGUGAAAAAUGAGAGAAUAAUGAGAUACAAUAUAGAACUAUGAGUGGCAGCUAGUUAAUUUUAUGAUUAAAAAAUGAGCGACUAUUGAUUGUAUUUAUGGUGUGAUCGAUGUUGCAGCGAAUAUAAUCGUUAAUAAUUUCUUCUUCAUAUUUUCUUAUAGAUUUGAUUAGAAAAUUAAAUGAUGAGAAAACAUGCCCGCCAAUGGAGGUAAUGAUAGAGGAAGAAUGAAAGACACGGAUCCGCUGCUCGAAGCGCUUGAUAAACUCGGAUAUGGGUCCAGCUUUUUAUGGAUAAUAUUUAUUUUUACACUGACACCGACGAUAUUCAAUGGGAUGCACUCCAUGUCUUAUAUCUUUAUUGCCGAAACUCCCACACAUUGGUGUGCAAUACCAAGUUUGACUGCCGCGAAUUGGACGGACGAAGAAAUAAGAAACAUCUCAUCGACCACUUCAUGUACUAUGUACGAUUAUAAUUAUGAAGACUUUGCGUAUAUUGGAUUCGAGAAAGCGUUAGAAUAUAAAAUGUCGAAUCCUCUACCUAAGUCGAUUUCCUGUGAAGUAAGGAGUUUCGCAAAUGAUAUCGAUGGAACUUCUCUCGUGCAAGAUUGGGAUUUGGUGUGCGACAAAACCGCGGCUCGUUCGAGCACGCACAUGGCUUUGUCCCUUGGAAAAUUAUUGGGUAGCGCUUUGUUCGGAGUCAUCGCAGAUAAAUAUGGGCGAAAAAUCUGUUACGUUAUUGGAAUAAUAAUGUUAAUCACCUCUGGUCCAGCUGGUGCGAUCGUGCCGUGGUAUUGGGGUUUUAUAAUCUCGAGAGUAGUUAACGGUGCUAGUCAUGCAGCCAUACAGUAUUCGUCUUUCACGACACUCACAGAGGUAGCGAAUGAAAAACACAGACAAUGGAUGGGAAUUGCUUACAACGUCGGCUAUGCCACAGGGAUAGUAAUUGUGCCAGGUGUAGCUUAUUUGCUACACGAAUGGAGAUAUAUUCAAUUAGCAAUAUCUUUACCGGCUUUGCUUUUGCUAAUACAUUUGUGGCUUAUGCCAGAAUCUCCACGAUGGCUGAUAGCUCACAAUCGUCGACAGGAGGCGAAGAGUUUAAUCGAUAGAGCAUCUAAAGGAAGUCCUGAUGCAGAAAUGAGCACGUCAUUGACACCAACCAUACGAAUACAAGAGUUAAAACAAGAAUCGAAGGAGUCCAAAGAGGAAUUGCAUAAAAGUAUCAAAGGAUUUUGGGUGCUUCUUAGCAAUAGUGAAUUACGAAAGAGGAUUCUUAUCACGAAUUUUACUUGGAUGACAGCUUCUCUGACUUAUUACGCGUUAGCGUUAAAUGUGAACAAUUUCUCAACAAAUCGGUACAUUUACGUGUUGGUAAUGGGUCUAACCGAAAUACCAGCUUAUUUGAUACCGACACCGAUUCUAAUGAUUAUGGGACGACGUCCAGGAAGCACAACUUUAUAUGUCAUAGCUACGUUAUGUCUACUCUGUAUUCUCGCAAUUCCAACUACUGAAAGCGAUGUAAUUAUGACCGUAUCCUUAAUUGGUAGAUUCAGCGCGUCAGCUGCUUAUGGCAUCGUUAUUCUAUAUAGCUCGGAACUUUUCCCCACGGUCUGCAGAAACUCCGCGGUUGGUACGAAUUCUGCGAUGUCGCAUGUCGGAAGUAUAGCCGCGCCUUAUGUCGCUGAUUUAUUAGGAGUUGUUGUAUGGUGGGGACCAACGACUCUUUGCGGCGGCUUAGCUUUAAUAGCAAGUAUACUAUGUUCGAUUUUGCCGGAAACUCGGGGCAGGCCGUUAGCGAACACCGUCGACGAGGAAAUUACGGAAGAACGAGAGAACGUGUCGUUUUAUAACGCUUGCAAGACUCACUCUUCAAAUGAAACAAGAUCAAUCUGUAUUUCUAACAAAAGUGUAACUGUGUUUUAAUAAAAGUAUUGUAUACCAGUAUA